AUGGUUAGGGCUUUUAAUCAUCAAAGCAGCAUGCAGAAAUCAAAGUCUUUUCAUUUUAAAAAAAUGUUUGAAAUUCCUGGAAAACAUAUUCAAGGUUUCUUUGAUAAGGAUCAUGAUGAAGGAAAUGAUAAUCAUGAUCAUAAAGUUUAUUCAAAAAGCUUUGAAUCAAGAAAUACAAUUGAUAAUUCAUGUGAAGUUCAUCCAAUUGGAUUUUCUCUCAACAAUGAUCAUGUUCAACCAGAUGCACCUAAAAUACCUCCUAAGCCACCAACUGAAACUGAAUUGAUGAAGGAAAGAUUUGCUAAGUUACUUCUAGGAGAAGACAUGUCUGGUGCUGGAAAUGGUGUUUCAUCAGCAUUGGCUUUGUCGAAUGCCAUAACAAAUUUGGCUGCAUCGGUUUUUGGAGAACAAUCGAAGCUAGAACCGAUGUCGCAUGAUAGGAAAGUUAGGUGGAGAAAAGAAAUCGAAUGGCUUUUAUCUGUGACUGAUCACAUUGUUGAAUUUGCUCCCUCACAACAGUUGGCUAAGGAUGGAUCAACAAUGGAGAUUAUGACGACCCGACAAAGAAUCGAUCUGCUGAUGAACAUUCCCGCUUUGCGCAAGCUGGAUGCAAUGCUCAUUGACAUUUUGGACAACUUUAAAGAUGAAAAUGAAUUCUGGUAUGUCUCUAAAAACGACGAAGAGGCUGAAGGUAACACGGCCACUCAAAGAAAAAGCGACAAAUGGUGGCUACCGAUCGUUAAAGUUCCACCGGCAGGUUUAUCAGAUGGAGCUAUGAAAUGGAUACAGUUCCAAAAAGACAAUGUUAACCAAGUACUUAAAGCAGCCAUGGCGAUAAAUGCUCAAGUUCUAUCCGAAAUGGAAAUACCCGAUAACUACAUCGAAUCGCUCCCUAAGAACGGUAGAGAGAGUCUCGGUGAAUCAAUAUACAAGUGCAUAACUGUUGAAUACUUUGAUCCGGGACAAUUCUUAUCGACAAUGGACAUGUCCACGGAGCACAAAGUUCUUGACCUCAAGAAUAGGAUUGAAGCUUCCAUAGUUAUAUGGAAAAGGAAGAUGAACAAAGAUGGAAAAUCUUCAUGGAGUUCCGCGAUAAGCAUGGAGAAGAGAGAACUCUUCGAGGAGAGAGCAGAAACAAUAUUGCUCAUGAUCAAACAACAGUUUCCGGGACUUCCACAGUCUUCGCUUGAUAUCAGCAAAAUCCAAUACAACAAGGAUGUGGGACAAGCCAUUCUAGAGAGCUAUUCAAGAGUAAUAGAAAGUUUGGCUUAUACGGUUUUAUCAAGGAUCGAGGACAUCUUAUUCGUAGAUUCAAUGACGAAGAAUCCGUCACUGGCGACAUGUGGACGAACAUUCUCGUUGGAUUCUUUGCCAGUGUCUGAACAAACAUCUCCAAACUCCGAGGAAGGACUGGGAAGCUUGAAUUCAUCAGAGACGCCACCGUCAAUGACUCUCUCCGAUUUCAUGGGAUGGAAUUCAAACAAAAUUGGAAGUGAUUUGAAAAGGACUAACUCUACGGGCCACUUAGAAGACUUGAAAGAAAAAGACGAAAAGGCAUCGAUUAAAUCUCCGAGAGUCGGAACACCAAAGAAAAACUACUACUUAGAUAAGCUCGAGUAUUUGAGUGCUAUAAGAAGUCCUAUCGUACGACAUUAA